UAUUAUUAUUAUUGUUCCGUUUUGCUUGUUUGGUUGCCCAAAACUCGAUGCUAUCGCGGGUGUUGAUGUUUCUCCUGCAGGCUUUUCCAGCUGCGUCGCGCUGCCGCUGAUGUUGAUGCUGCUCAACUGGCGCACAUCCACUGGGCUGCCGCUUCCGCAGCCGCAGCCGAGCGCAAACAACAGCGCACAAUGCGCAAGUCUCUUCAGAAGCCUCCUGCUGAGUGUCACAGAGGUUCUCAAAAGCAAAGAUUUGUGUUUCAGCUUGAUCAAAUCCUAUGAGAUGCCAAUGAGGAGCAGCGAAACAGUGCGGGUCUGCACUCCCGCUUCGACUCAGAACUCCGGCUGCGGGAUGCUGAUCAACUCGUCCUUCAGUGAGAAUGAGUGUGUGAUGAACAUCAUGAGGGAUCUGGCCUACUACCACACCGCCAUUGAAACGUACCUCAAGUCCCCACUCCACAGGCCGGAGACGGAAAUUCCUCUUCUGAGUCCGACUCUGGGAAUCCUUCGGGACCUGAGGAAGAACUGUUCCCCGAUGGAAACAGCAGAGCACAACUCUACUGAGGACGCACCCGGUCGGUGGGGAAACUCCUCCUACGUGAACCGACAGAAGAUGUGUAAGAUGAUGAGAGGCUUCCACGUUCGCGCCAUCACCAUCAACCGAGUCGUGGGCUACAUCUCCUCAGGGGACCACAGGAAGUAGACACACCGAAGCUUCAACCACGUCACCGUCGGUCCUGUCUGCCCUCCAUAUGAUUCACCGCCCCAAACCCGCAACGGCCCCUCGCUGUCGCCACAAGCUACUGAACGUGGUGCUCAGGCAUAAGCUAUCGGUGUGGACCCUCUUCUCUUUGUAAGAGCCAAGGGUCCGCCAGUCUGUCACUAAGAUUAAGAACGGUCAUAUUGGCCUGGUGUCAGUUUAUGAAUAUAUUCCAGUAUUCGAUUUAAUUUAUAUAUUUAUGAUUUAUUUAUUUAUUUGUAUUAACUUAUUAAUUUAUUUGAUCUGAAAGUAAAGCAGUGUUUUGUGAAAAUCUCUAGAAAGCUGAUGUGUAUUUCAAAUAAAGUUCCCCACAUUUGUUGAAUGGCACUUUUUCCAGACUCACGUUUCUCAGUUAGCUUUUCACAUUAUUGUGUGUGUGUGAAAAAUAAUUUUCCUUCUUUGAUUUUUUUAUUUUUAUUUUUUUUGGUUUUGUACCCUUCAGUGAUUCCUUUGAUUCAGUUUUAACGUCAGAAAAAGAUAAUCUGAGUAAAAACAAACUGCAGUUUGCAAAUGACAAUUGUAUCUAAUUAAGGGAAAAAGUUAUCCAAGCAAAUCUGGCAUUGGUGGAAAUAUUACUGUCUCCUUUAUUAAGCCAUGAAUAAAAUUUUUAAUUAUUAUUAUUUCAUAAAAAAUGUUUGCUG